UUCCACACAACAAUAACAAGUCAUAGCAAACAGUGGAGUGGACGUACGGGUAAAAUUCCAAAAACAAACUGAGCAAAAAUUCUUCCAUAUGGCCACCCGUCACGGCCAUAAUCUGUAAUCUGUUGUGCGGUACUGUAGUCAUGUGCGUCGUCGGAACACGAUCUCUACAGGAGGAAUAGGUGCGAAAAGCGCCCUCGCUCAAUCCACUGUACCAAGAGGAAGCACCAGCGGCGGUGGAUCAGUAGUAGUACGCCCGUGUUGCACGGAACCCGUUUCAUCAUAAUUAUAUCGCCAACAGUCGAACCGACGACGGCAUUCCUUUCGCACGACGUGUUGUGCAAUCGCAUAUCUGUUGCAGCUUAGAAGGAGAAACAACCGGAAUGUGAUGUGGCGCCACCGAUUUGCGUACGGAACGUCGAUUUAAGUUUCCCCGUAGUACCCCUCGCCCGAUUGCCACAGAAGUGACCGCUUCCGGAAGUGCACGACACGAUGGAUAAGGUGGAAAAGAUAUUCUCCAUCAAAACGCCCCGCAUCAAGCAGAAGGAUUUGAAGUGCAGGAAUGGAUGCGGGUUUUAUGGGAACGCGCAAUGGAACGGGCUGUGCUCGAAGUGUUAUCGCGAACGGUCACAGAAGGAGCGGCACACGAAGCCAUUUCGACUGUCGAAGAGUAACGAUCAGUCACAGCAGGCUGCUCGCGAAUCGCUGCAAAUAGCUGGCGCAGAUCAGCCGACCGCUUCCAAUAGCAAGCACACGCACCAUCAACACCAACACCAGCAGCAGCAAUCGUUGCACUCGAAGCUAAUCCCCAAAUUGUCGGGCGAUCGGGAUGAGAAGAAGAAAAAGUUAAAUUUAAUAGAGCUAAUUAAAAAAUCCACCCCGGGACGAGAUUCGGACAAAUCGCGCCAUCACAGUAGGCAACCGGUGGAAAAGCUUGAGCAGGAGUACAUCGAUGCGCUGAAAGCGCUCAAGAUCGAGGAUGCGGCCAAACAGGAGCUGAAAUACUUCAUACACAUGCUGGACCAGCAGAUACGCAAAAAGUACACCACGGUUAGCGUGGACGAGCUGUCGGAGCUGGUGCAGAACGGGUACACCAAGUUCCGCGACUACAUGCACAUGGAAAACUCCAAGUUUGCCGGCGCGACGGAGGAUGUGCGCGAGCAGGUGCUGGAUUUUUUCGAACGCUGCAUUAUGACGAAAAACCACAAGUAUCUGUUUUCACCGCCGUCGACCGAGGACGAGGACAACGAUUCGUACAUUCACAAGCGCAUCCGGCAGCUGAACUGGAUUACGGCCGACCAUCUGAUGUGCAGCAUCGACGAGGUGAACUCGGAGGUGCGCGAGCUGGCGUACACGGCCAUCACCGAGCUGGCAUCGGUGGAUUCGUUCCUGUCGCCGCAGGAAAAGCUCGACUGCAUCGUGCGGUGCUGCAGGCACAUCUUUAGCUUCCUGAAGAAAUCGGUCGAAGGGCCGGCCAGUGCGGACGAUUUCCUGCCCGCGCUGAUAUUUGUGGUGCUGAAAUCGAACCCGGUGCGGCUGCACAGCAACAUCAACUUUAUCACGCGGUUCAGCAACGCGUCGCGGCUGAUGAGCGGCGAGGGAGGCUACUGCUUCACAAAUUUGUGCUGUGCAAUUUCGUUCAUCGAGAACAUUACGGCCGAAUCGCUCUCGCUGACGCAGGCCGAGUUUGAUAGUUUUAUGUCGGGCGAGCACGAGGGCACUUCGGCGUGGGAAAGUGCGCUGAUUGCGUGCGAAAGCCUGCACCAGAUAUCGGAAAACAUGAAGGUGAUGAAAACGAUUGGCUCGAAAAAGAACGAGCUGUACAAUGGGAUCAUUACGCUGAACGAGGAAAUCGAAACGUUUGGGCAAGAAAUCCGACAAACGGUCGCGGAGGUGCUUGAACGUACGCCGCUUGUACUGCAGCCCUGCAAAACUCCGGCCCGCGUCGUCGCCCUAAGACAGCAGUACAUGUCCUCCACGACAGCAUCCGCGUACGUGGACGCAGCAUCGGUACCACCGCCACAACCAUCACAGCCGGUUGGCGAAGGUCACUUUACCUCAAACCUGCUAGCCGUCAGCAAGACGGUCAACAUCGAGUCUGCCAACAGCAAACCAAAGAAAGCGACCGGCGAUGCUGAUGGCACGGUCGCCCACACAUCCAAUCCACUCGCGUCCGGUGGACCGUCGACCGGUGCAGUAGUCGACCAGCUGGUCCAGAGCCUCUCCAACACGCUAGCAACGCCGCUCGUAUCGGUCGAUGCCGGUCCAUCCGACCCGGUCGCACCAGCGUCACCAUUCUACGGUCUAAGUGCGAGCAAUUCGGCCGACCUCCUGUCGGCUUCGCCCUCCUUCGACUACAACAACAUCUUCGACGCGCAAUCGCUGGACGGGUUAGCCACACCGGACGAUCUGGCGACGGAUUUCAUCCGUGGCAUACGCAACAUCAACUACGAUUUUGAUUUUUCCGAUCACAGCGGUGACAACAGUACGGCGGAAGAGUUUGAUCCGCGCGCAACGUUUAAACCGAUCCCGACCGUUCCCGGUCAGCCGACGAAACCACCCAUCUCGCCGUUCGAUCUGGAAGAGUUUGAUCCGCUGUUGCAGAAAAGUCCCGAUGGCAGUGUACGGCGGCCUGCCGAACCAUUGUUACCGCUACCGUUACAACCAUCGUCGGCCGCUGCUACCGGUGGCAGCGGGAGUUUGCUAGACGAUUCACCCGGUUCGCUGAUGUUGGAAUCGCCGCUGAAGCCAACGGUGGCCGACUUUCAUGGACUGUCAUUGCACGGGUGCAACAUUCCGACGAUCACAUGUGCUACGGGCGUGCUGCAUCCACCGGCGGGGAGUGGUAGCCACAGUGGUGUUGGACAGAACGGCCCCAAAGCGAUGGGUGGCGAUCGGAAUGCUAACAAUGACACUAGUUUAAUCUAGACUCGGAUGCAAACGGAAAUUGGAAAUGGACACACACACACACACGCAGACAACACGCAAAGACAACACGGGCAGUUGAGACGGAGAAUAGUGACUUGUUAUUGUAUAUUUAGUAGCGGCGGAGAAGAAAAUGGAACAAAACUUGUUUGUUAUUUGUUUAGUACAAGAGAAAGAGAGAGAGAGAGAGACAGGGAGAAGAAGAAAAAAUAUAAAUACACUUAUUUGCUAAUUCAAUCGAUAAA